GCCGAAUGACAGGUGCCUCUGCAGCCGCCUGUCUGAACCGGUCGCCGAGACUGGGCGAGAUCGGGCUGGUUCGUGGGCAGGUUGACUCAGCUUUUCCUUCUGGGCUGGUCAAGUUCGGACACGUUCCGAGCGUGCAGGGGAAGGAGCUAAGUCCUGACUUGUCUCCAGCUGCGGCUAUUUAAACCGCGCGUCCGCCCGGCGCACUCACUGGCGUUCGCGGAGAGCGGCGAUUCCGGACCUGCGGCCUCAGCCACCUGCUCUCCACUGCUCCAGGCAAAUGUGCAAUACCAAUAUGUCUGUGUCUACUGAUGGUGCUGGAGGCACCUCACAGAUUCCAGCUUCGGAACAGGAGACCCUGGUUAGACCAAAGCCAUUGCUUUUGAAGUUGUUAAAGUCUGUUGGCGCACAAAAAGACACUUACACAAUGAAAGAGGUUAUAUUUUAUCUUGGCCAGUAUAUUAUGACUAAACGAUUGUAUGAUGAGAAGCAACAACAUAUUGUAUAUUGUUCAAAUGAUCUUCUAGGAGAUUUGUUCGGAGUACCAAGUUUCUCUGUGAAAGAACACAGGAAAAUAUAUACAAUGAUCUACAGAAACUUGGAAGUAGUCAAUAAGCUGGAAUCAUCAGACACAGGCUUAUCUGUGAAUGAGAACAAGUGUCACCUUGAAGGUGGGAGUGAUCAGAAGGACCCUGUGCAAGAGCCACAGGAAGAGAAACCCUCAUCUUCAAAUUCGAUUUCUAGACCAUCUACCUCAUCUAGAAGGAGAACGAUUAGUGAGACAGGAGAAAAUUCAGAGGAAUCAUCUGGUGAACAACAAAGAAAACGCCAUAGAUCUGAUAGUAUCUCCCUCUCCUUUGAUGAAAGCCUGGCUCUGUGUGUAGUAAGGGAGCUGUGUUGUGAAAGAAGCAGCAGCAGUGAAUCUACAGGGACUCCCUCAGAACCGGAUCUUGAAGCUGAUGUAAGUGAACAUUCAGGUGAUUGGUUGGAUCAGGAUUCAGUUUCAGAUCAAUUUAGUGUAGAAUUUGAAGUUGAAUCUCUCGAUUCAGAAGAUUAUAGCCUUAGUGAAGAAGGACAAGAACUCUCAGAUGAAGAUGAUGAGGUGUAUCGAGUUACUGUGUAUCAGGCAGGGGAGAGUGAUACUGAUUCAUUUGAAGAUGACCCUGAAAUUUCCCUUGCUGACUAUUGGAAAUGUACUUCAUGCAAUGAGAUGAACCCUCCCCUUCCACCACACUGCAACAGAUGUUGGGCUCUUCGUGAGAAUUGGCUUCCUGAAGAUAAAGGGAAGGAUAAAGGGGAAAUCCCUGAAAAAAACAAAUUAGAAAACCCAACACGAGCAGAAGAGGGGUUUGAUGUUCCUGACUGUAAAAAAACUCCAGUGAAUGAUUCCAAAGAGUCACGUGGUGAAGAAAAUGAUGAUAAAAUUACACAAGCCUCCCUGUCACAAGGAAGUGAGGACUAUUCUCAGCCAUCAACUUCUAAUAGCAUUAUUUGUAGCAGCCAAGAUGAUGUCAAAGAGUUUGGGAGGGAAGAAACACAAGACAAAGAAGAAAGUAUGGAAUCUAGUUUUCCCCUUAAUGCCAUUGAACCUUGUGUGAUUUGCCAGGGUCGACCUAAAAAUGGUUGCAUUGUCCAUGGCAAAACAGGACAUCUUAUGGCAUGCUUUACAUGUGCGAAGAAGCUAAAGAAAAGGAAUAAGCCCUGCCCAGUGUGUAGACAACCAAUUCAAUUAAUUGUGCUAACUUAUUUCCCCUAGUUAUAGUAUGUCUAUAAAAGUAGAUUUAUAUAUCUGUAUAUAACCCUAAAA